GCUCCUCUGUUAAAUCAUUAUUUCCUGUAAAGCUGCUUUGAAAUUAUGUGUGUUGUGAAAAGCGCUAUACAAAUAAAAAUGACUUGACAUCACGUGGACGGCCAGGUGCGUGUGCGUUGUUUACCUGUGAAAGUGAAGGCACCAGGAUGCACUGUGGGAAGAUGACAAGCGUGUGGCAGUGUGAUGCUCUGAGCAAUGUUCUGCUGGGAAACUCUGGGUCCGGCUAUUCAUGUGGAUGUCAAUUGGACACAUGCCACCUACCUAAACGUCGUUGCCGACCAGGUACACCCCUUCAUGACAAUGGUAUUCCCUGAUGGCAGUGGCCUCUUUCAGCGAGAUAAUUCGCCCAACCACACAGGAAUGUUCUGGAAUGGUUUGAGGAACAUGAUGAAGAGUUCAAGCUGUUGCCCUGGCCUCCAAAUUCCCCAGAUCUCAAUCCGAUUGAGCAUCUGUGGGAUGUGCUGGAUCAACAAGUCCAAUCCAUGGAGGCCCCACCUCACAAAUUACAGGAGCUGAAGGAUUUGCUGCUAAUGUCUUGGUGCCAGAUACCACAGGACACCUUCAGGGGUCUUGUAGAGUCCAAGCCUCGGCAGGUCGGCGCUGUUUUGGAGCCACACAGAGGACCAAUAGCAUAUUACGCAGGUGGUCAUGUUUUGGCUCAUCAGUGUAUACAGACUCAAUGCCCUUUCUAUGCUUUUUCUAAUGUUUACAUAAGUGAAAAUAACUUUGAGUUUUUUUCUUUUGUUGAUAAGAUUAUUGUUGUAAGCCUGGUCCUCUUGGAUGCCAUUUUCGUCCUGUGCGAACUGCUUAUUGACUUGUCUAUUAUUGAAGCAGAUCAUCACAGAAUUGUCCCGCAGGUAUUCCACUAUCUUAGCCUCGCCCUUCUCACGUUCUUCAUAGUGGAGCUGUCUGGAAAAAUCUAUGCCUACCGCCUGGAGUUCUUCCAGCAUAAAUUUGAGGUGUUUGAUGGGAUUGUGGUGGUGGUGUCCUUCAUUCUGGAUAUCGUUUAUAUCUCAAAGGAAGAUGCAUUUGAUGCCAUGGGGCUGCUGAUCUUGCUCAGGCUGUGGAGAUUGGCCAGAAUUAUAAAUGGUAUUAUAGUGUCGGUGAAAAAUCGUGCCCAUAACAAAGUUCAGAAGGUGAAGGAGAUCAAUGAAAACCUUUUACAUGAAGUCAAUGAACUUAAAGAGCAGAACACCAAAAUUGAUGAAGAAAACGCCAGACUUCAGGCACUUUUAAAACAGCACGGCAUUGAGUACUGACUUCAGGGGUCAAGCAGAAUGCUCAUUAAAUCACAUUUGGUGCCAAUUUGAGACAAAUCAAGUCUAUUAAUUCCAUAUGAAAUGUAAGGAAAUGCAUGGUUUGAAAAGUGCAUUGGGUAUAAGUUGUCACUCAAAAGCUGAAUUGAUCUAGGUUUGCCUUCCACUUCUAGGUCUUUAAUUGCACUCAUAAGGGUAGAUGGAUAUUUAGGCCAGUUACUCAUGUUGAUUUAUGUACAGCUAAGAGGUCAAAGAUAAAAUGCAAAGGGAUAUCUAUAAUGUACAGUAAUUUGAAUCUUAUCUUAGAGUAUAACAUGAUCAAUGUUUAUUCUAAAUCCUUAUGAUCAGACAUCUUCAGACAUCAGUACUACUGUUAUCAAUGAACUGCAACUUUCUCUUAACCUUUUCCUAUUCUGAAUGUGAAUAUGAGAACAAAUAAAAGCUAAGUAUUAUUUUAUAAGAGGUAUGAAAUACUGAUAGACCAGUAUAUUGGCCGAUAAAGUUCCCUCUUGACCCAUCAACAAAUUGGUAUUCUCUUGCAUUCGUUAAAUACUUUUAUGCAUCUAUCAGCUUUAUAUCGUCCAUUGGUCACUUUGCUCUUUAGAUAUUGGUAUAAGCAUCGGCCAUUGAAAAAUCCAUAUCAGUCGACCACUAGUUUGAAAGUAUUCUUUAUUUUAAAAACAUGUGAGAUAGUGCAUUAUAUACAAUCCUACUAGAAAAUAAAUAUACACUAUGCAUUUAUGAAAUGCAUACAAUUAAAUAAUGCUAUCUGAGGAUGGACUGUAUUAUGUCAUUGUCAGCAGUGUCAAAGAGAUCCUGAAAUGUUUUCUUGACAUGUCUACAUUUUCCAUUAUACAAAUGGAAAGAAGUCAAAAGGUAGUUUGGCAUCAGUUGUGGAUGGAACUCUGACACUUAGACUGGCAGAUGCAGACAUGUCAACAAAACUCUCUGAACUUGUUACAGACAGAUGACCACCAGCACUGAUAAGGAAGGCCUGAAGUAAGAAAAGGUAUUAUUUCAUUGUUAGUCUAUGUAAAUGUACUUAUACAUAUAUCUUUGAUCAUUGUUGCAUGUCUCACUGUUUUUUAUGCAUCUUACACCAUGAGCACCACAUUAUCAAAACAGCAUGUUAAGUUAAAAGAAAUUAAACUUUUAA